CACGGAGGCUGACAGAGCUCCGCUGAGUCUGCGGCGAACACGCCUCACAUGUUCACAACCGUAACUUCUCAAUGAAACAACUAAGGGAUUAUCACCGGAAAUAAGCACCCAGACGAUAUGGACUCCAAACGCCAAAGUGUGGUGAUGGAGCGACUUGUGAACGAGCUUGGCUCUCUGCUGAAGAUGCUGGAUAACGAGACGGUCAGUCCUGCCACUGCUGACAAGAUGGCCUCCAUACGUAACAUCCUGGACUCGAUGCAGCUGUCAGUCAAUGGAUCAGACGUCUACAUGAACAGCUGUCUCUAUGGCAACGGCACCAGUUUUGUAGAGUCUCUGUUUGAGGGUUUUGACUGUGAUUUGCACAUGCUAAGCACAUCUCCAGUAGAGCAGAAAGAGCAGAAAGAGGAAGAGGAGAAGACUCAUCCAGAUAAAUCUACACCGACUGACACGCCCCCUCCCCUGCCGACCACCCCCCUUCCUGAUGACUACUAUGAAGAGGCAGUUCCUCUAAAUCCUGGAUCCACCCCUCAGUACUUCACCUGCCACCAUCAACAGAACUCUAUGGAGGAUGCUUACUAUGAAGAUGCAGACAAUAACUACCCCAUCACCAUGCUUAACGGGCCGCCCAAAAACUCCUACAACGACUCCGAUGCUCUGAGCAGCUCCUACGAGUCUUACGAAGAAGACGAAGAAGACGCCAAAGGGCAAGAACAACCUCAGAGAUGGACGGCCGAGGAGAGUACCGAUGGACCAGUUAGAGACUGCCGCAUCUGUGCCUUCCUGCUGCGAAAGAAACGCUUUGGCCAAUGGACUAAACAGCUAAUCGUUGUCCGAGACACUAAACUGCAGUGCUAUAAGAGCAUCAAAGAGAGCACUCCCCACACAGAGCUCCCGCUGAAUCUGUGCAACGUCAUCUACGUCCCAAAGGAAGGCCGGAAAAAGAGACAUGAGCUGCGCUUCUCGUUGCCUGGAGGCGAAGCUCUAGUCCUGGCUGUUCAGAGUAAAGAGCAGGCCCAGCGGUGGCUCAAGGUGGUGCAAGAUGUUGGCAGCCAAUGUAGCAACACCGAGGGACUGGAUGGAUCCACUUCUCCCAUUAUACAAAGGAAGUUGGAGCUUGACAAGGUGCUGCAGUGUGAGCGGCAGGCAUCAGACUCCGACAGCGGACCGACAGCAGAAAGCCAGUCCACUGCACAGGGAGCAGGACGGGACACUAUUGACUCACUGAACAGGGGGAAGCGCGGAGGGUUCUCAGAGCUGACGGGGUCGAUGAGCCGAGCAGCAGGGAAGAAAAUCAAUCGGAUCAUUACCUUCUCCAAACGGAAACCUCCUUUACCGGGAGAUCCUCCCUCGUUUUCUGGUCACCACGACAACCCUCGCUGUGGCUUCCUCAGCGUGUGUCUGAGCAGCGCUUGGAGAGAGCUUUGGUGUGUUGUGCGAGGAGGAAGCUUGUACCUGCAGAAGGACCCCAGGGACCAGCGGCCUCCAGUCAUGGUGGUGCUGCUCAAAGGUGCAGAGGUGGUGACAGGAGGCCUCGGCCCCAAACAUCCCUUCUCCUUCUGCAUCCUGCAGGCGGGCAGCGAAGUAGCAUCUUUAGAGGCCAGCUGCUCAGAGGAUCUCGGCCGCUGGCUGGGUGUGUUGUUUGCUGAGACCGGCAGCACCAGUCUCCCUGAAGAACUGCACUAUGACUACAUCGACGUGGAUACGCUCACUGACAUCCGGCACGCUGCCAGAAACUCCUUCCUGUGGGCCACUACCACUUCCUCCAGCAGUGCGUCAACAGACUCCAGAACAUAUGAUGAGGUCUAUGAAAGUGUUGCGGAGGAGGAGGUUGAGAGCAGAGCUGGACCGGUGAGACGUCAUGCCUCCUUCUCGAGCAAGGACUCUGAAAAAACUGAACAACAGGCCACCGUCAAGAGACACGCCUCCAAUGUGAAUCAUUAUGCACGCUAUGGGAAGACGCGUGCAGAGGAGGACGCCAGGUGUUACCUGAAUCAGAAAGAAGAGCUGGAGAAGCAAAAGGAAGAGCUCAGACAUGCACUGGUUUCCCUCCGCAGGGAGAAGAAGGAGGUGAAGGAGGACGUGAAGAGUGUUACAGGUCCUGGUGUGGAACAGCGGUUAGCCAAGCUGGAGACGCUGUGUAAACAGAAAGAGGAGGAGAGGGUGGAGCUGGAGCUCAGACUGACAGAGGUCAAAGAAAACCUGAAGAAAUCGUUGGCUAGAGGAGCGCUGGGUCCGCCCACUGACACCAAGAUCAGCCCCAAGGCACAGGGCAGUAAGGUUGAAAAGGUUUACAAUGAGACUGUGCCGGUCAACUCGGCAACUGAGCAUCGUAAACGUCCUCCGUCUCAUUACGCCUCCUCCAAGGGAAACGUCAUGCAGAAGGCAAAGGAGUGGGAGUCAAAGAAGGGGACCUAGAUUGAACAUAAACGGAUCGACAGAUGGAUUAAUGGAGAGAAAGUUGUGACAAGAGGAUGUGUAAAAGAAGAAACAGGUGAAGAUAACUGGCACUGAGAAGGAGGAAAGGAAGAAAGGGGGAAGAAAGGGGGGAGAGGACAGACUUUGACACAAUCCUCCCUUCUCUUACCUAUCAAGAAAAAGAGGAAUAUUUGCAAGUACAGGCAGCUGUCUCAACCACUGUAAAUAUGACACUGAUGUACCAAUACAGUGUUAAUGUGGAUCACUAUGGACAUGAAAUCUAUAUGUUUGUGUGAGUGUGCACGUGUGUUUACAUUUGCACAGGGCUGCAGAAAGUGAAAAUGUGAUUAUUUCGUAGAAAUGCAUCACAAAGGGAGAGUGUGGUUCAUCAACACUGUGAGUUCAGAGUUACAGGCAAGACUUCCACUGACUAUUCCUUUUUUACAGGAUACUUGCUAAAUACUAAAAUUCAUUUUUUGUUUUUAAACUAAAGUUAAGAAAUUAUAAUUAUUAUUACCUUAAGUUAUCUUUAUUAGUGAGAAAAGUAUCCCACAUCUUGUGAGAUGUAUUUAAACCAUUAGGAAAGCAUAUUGAGUAUGACACUGUUCCUGAAACAAAUGAGUAAAUGUUUAUUAUUGCAAUGUGAAACUAUUGGUUUUUACCAUUGUAUGUGUUUUUUUCAUAUUUGCCUUUAGCACUUUAUCUUGUUGUAUUUUGUGAUUACACAAAUGUCUUGGAAAUUAGCAUUAGCACCCAACUUCAGAAUUGUGAAGAUAAAUGCCUGUCUGAUUUCAUCACGGAGAUAUGAACGUACACACACAUGUUGGAGUAAAUGAUCACUUUAUCAAGAAA